AUGUCUAUUGUUGCUGGCGAGGAUAUAGUCAACUUAAGACUUAAGGAUCGGCUGAAAAGAAUUGACGCUGAAAUUGAGGAAAAGAAAACCGUUCUUGAGAAAAAACGAGAAACCUGGCCGUUAAAGCGCCUGUCAGAUUUAGAAGAGUCCUUACGUCAUUUGGAAGAUAGAAAAGAAGAAGUGAAUAGGCUUGUUCGGAAAGAAGAUAAGUCUUCAGUAAACAAAGUUAGGUAUGCAGCAAAAAGAGUCGCCGAUUCUUUGCUCGAGCAAAAUAGGGUCAAACGCAGAAGACUCGGAGCGGGGAGACCAAUGGAAAUGGGAGAAGACGAGGAACAAUUCCUUCUACAAUCCAUAGAGGGAAUGUCUACAGCUCACGGAAGACGGCAAGACACAGUCUUGUACAUGAACCAUAGGGUAAAAGCUCGGGACAUGUUAAAAAUUGUAAACUGCCGUAGAGAAGAAAAGAAUCUGAAACCAUUGAGGAGCUUGUCAACAGUGCUAUCCCGUGGUAAAGCAAAGAGAGCAACAAGCAUUCAAGCAAAACGCCACAAGGGCCGCUCCCUCUUUUGCUGUAAAAAACCUCCAAAAACUGAGGAUAAAGAAACGGAACUAACACACCACCAAAGAGCACACGUAAAGAACGCGGUGUUUGACUUCUGCUAUAAAGAACAAGACAGAAAAUACUCUUUUAUAAAAAGUAUUGAUGACAAAGCGUAUGUGAGGCCCGGAACGUCUGUUGGGUUCAGAGAUGUAAAGAAAAUGGGCAUUUAUCAGCCAGCAGAUAACAAUGCUGCGCGCAAACUCCCCAAAUAUGACUGGGUUAAUGAACAAGUGUAUGUCACUCCAUCUACUCACCGCAUUUUUACUAAGGAAUCUAGAGUGAUCGAUGAAAGAGAGAUUUUUGCCAUGUCAGAGGACGAUAGUUUUGUUUUCAUGAGGCCUAAAGCCUUUGUAGGAAGUUCAGGCCCUAUCUGGGCAUCUGAGGACAUGGAACUGCGUGCUACCCAUGCGGACCUCUAUGAAGUGGAGGGAUCUAAUUUAUCGAUGGCAUUUCGGGGUUUUUGUGCAAGGAUUAAAGACAAAAUUGAACAUUUCAUUUUGUCCACAACUCAACUCAGAAAGAUGUACUUUUGGUAA